AUGGCCGACGAAAAGUACGACUACGGCACCGAACGUCGCGAUGAUCCGCCUCCGGACUACAUCGACGAGGCGGAGAAGAUGGGCAUUGUCAAGUACUUCGCUACCCGAUUCUCUUCGCUGAAGCCGCCCAUGGAGAAGCUGGAGAACCCAAUCACACUGCUGCGAAUGCUCAACAAGAAACAAUGGCUGUUCUUCUCCUGUGCAUUCAUCGCUUGGACAUGGGACGCUUUCGACUUCUUCACUGUUUCAUUGACUGUUACCGACCUGGCCGAGACGUUCAACAGAUCCAAGACCGAUAUCACAUGGGGCAUUACGCUCGUGCUGAUGUUCCGUUCCGUCGGCGCAAUCAUCUUUGGUCUUGCUUCGGAUCGAUAUGGUCGCAAAUGGCCUUUCGUUGCCAACAAUAUCUUGUUCAUUGCUCUCGAACUCGGUACUGGUUUCUGCAAUACCUACGAGCAGUUCUUGGCUGUACGAGCACUCUUUGGCAUUGCCAUGGGCGGUCUGUACGGUAACGUGGCAGCAAUGGCUCUCGAGGAUUGUCCAGAGAAGGCCAGAGGUAUCAUUUCUGGAAUGCUUCAGCAAGGGUAUGCGUUUGGAUAUCUCCUGGCGACCGUCUUUGCACGUGCUUUGGUCAACACAACAUCGGAGGGCUGGCGUCCACUUUAUUGGUUUGGUGGCGCUGUCCCAGUUCUGAUCAUCACAUUCCGACUUUUCCUAGGCGAGACCGACGCUUACAACGAGCGAGUUCGAAUUCGAGAAGUCCACGACAACGUCGGCAAGACCUUUAUGAAUGAAGGAAAGGUCGCUUUGAAGAGGCACUGGAUUCUCCUCAUCUACAUGGUCCUCUUGAUGGCGGGCUUCAACUUCAUGUCGCACGGCUCGCAGGAUCUCUACCCAACUAUGCUUGAGAAUCAAUACGACUUCUCCGCCAACGCUGUGACCGUUACACAGGUUGUAGCCAAUUUGGGUGCCAUUGCAGGUGGCACGACCAUCGGGUACCUCUCCCAGGCGUUCGGCCGACGCUUCAGCAUCAUCGUCAUCUCUGUCAUCGGUGGAGCGCUCCUGUACCCAUACUCAUUCGUUCCCAACGAGAAGAUCAUGGCGGCCGCAUUUUUCGAGCAGUUCUGCGUGCAGGGAGCCUGGGGUGUGAUCCCAAUCCACUUGAUGGAGUUGAGUCCUGGAAGCUUGCGAGCUUUCGUUGUGGGUACCGCAUACCAGCUUGGUAACCUUGUUUCGUCUGCCAGUUCGACUAUCGAGGCUACCAUUGGUGAGCGAUUCCCGCUGCCAGACAAAGUCGAAGAUGGGAAGACGGUGAAAAGGUACCAGUACGGCAAAGUGAUCUGCAUCUUCAUGGGCUGCGUCUACGCCUAUGUUAUCCUGCUCACUUUCCUUGGCCCUGAACGCAGGGGUCGUUCAAUGGCUGCCCAUGCAGACCACGAUCUGGCGGAGGCUGCCGGCCUCGACGCAAUGGAGAACGCAAAGCAUGGUGCUACGUAUCGCGAGGACUCUGAGGUCGAUGACCAUCAGAUUCGCAGCGUUGCGUGA